UAUCAGAAAAAGGGAAGUUAGGGCAUCUACUUGUCAAAGGCGUCUGAGAAUAAGGAAGCUAGAAAGCGCCACCGAGCUCCGUCAAACGCCUUGAUGUCUCAACGGCAAACGUUUGUCAGUUAGCAGCGGAAUGCGAGCCGUCGACCACGUUGUGAUGUGAUUCUCAUUCGUGCAUAGCUGCACCGUGUGAGUGGACCUUGCAAAGGCAUCCUCAAGCCAAGAUGGCUGACAGAGUGAACAGGCUGCCGUUUUUUUAUGGCAACAUUACCAGAGAAGAGGCAGAGGGUUAUCUGCAGCAGAUGGGCGUGGCAAGCGGCACAUAUUUGCUACGGCAAAGUCGCAACCACCUUGGAGGCUUUGCCCUCUCAGUGUUGUAUUCGGGCCGCUGCUACCACUACACCAUUGAGAGGGAAUCGGAUGAAACGUACGCCAUUGAUGGCGGGCAGAGCCACAGCAGCCCGAUGGAGCUGAUUGACUACCACGCCCAAGAGAUGGACGGCCUCGUGUGUCGCUUGAAGCAACCCUGCAACCGGCCCAAGAACAUGCAGCCCAAGGUGGGGCCCUUUGAGGACUUGAAGGAAAAACUGAUCCAGGAGUAUGUCAGGCAGACAUGGAAUCUACAGGGUACAGCUCUAGAACAAGCCAUUAUCAGCCAGAGGCCACAUUUGGAGAAGCUCAUUGCGACCACAGCUCAUGAACGGAUGCCCUGGUUCCAUGGCAAAAUAACACGAGAGGACUCGGAGGCCAGGCUUCAAAAUGGCCCCCGUACCAAUGGAAAAUUCCUUAUCCGUCAGAGGGAUGUGAAUGGAUCCUAUGCUCUUUGUCUAUUACAUGAAGGCCAAGUGAUGCAUUACCGCAUCGACCAGGACAGGGCUGGCAAGUUCUGCAUUCCAGAUGGCAAGGUGUUUGACACUCUUUGGCAGCUGGUGGAACACUACUCGUACAAACCAGAUGGACUGCUACAAGUGCUGACUGAGACCUGUCCACGACCUGAUGGAGACUCAGAUGUGUUAGGACAAUCGCUGCUGCCACGGGACACCCCCAGAUUUGGUUCUUUAUUUCAAACUGCAGCAGGUGGAUUCUUUGCCAAAAUCAAAAUUGGUUCCACACCUGGUCGUCAAAAGAGCCGUGGAUCCCGACACAAUACCCCUGAUAAGUUCAACCCCUAUGAAAUGACAAAUAAUGGAGCAGUAACCAGAGAAUCCUUACCGAUGGACACCCCAGUAUAUGACAGGACGUACGCAGAUCCAGAUGAACUCAGGAGCUCCACAGUGGACCGUGAACAGCUCACUUUGGAGGACGAGGAGUUGGGUUCUGGGAAUUUUGGUACAGUCAGGAAGGGCAUCUACAAGACCAAAACGACAGUGCAGCAUGUUGCGCUCAAAAUCCUGAAAAAUGAGGACGGCGGGCCCUCGGUGCGUGAUGAGAUGCUGCGAGAAGCAAAUGUCAUGCAGCAGCUGGACAAUCCGUACAUCGUGCGGAUGAUCGGCAUAUGUGAGGCAGAAAACCUCAUGCUGGUGAUGGAACUGGCCGAGCUGGGUCCGCUUCACAAGUUCCUGCAGAAAAACAGACAAACAAGCAUCGCCAACAUCACCGAGCUGGUACACCAGGUGUCUAUGGGCAUGAAGUACCUUGAGGAACAUAACUUUGUCCACAGAGAUCUUGCUGCCAGGAAUGUUCUUUUGGUCACGCAGCACUAUGCCAAAAUCAGUGACUUUGGCCUCUCCAAAGCAGUGGCUGAUGACCAGAACUACUACAAGGCCAAGAGACAUGGAAAGUGGCCAGUGAAGUGGUAUGCCCCCGAGUGUAUCAAUUACUUCAAAUUUUCAACCAAAAGUGACGUGUGGAGCUUCGGCGUGUUCAUGUGGGAGGCGUACUCCUAUGGGGAGAAGCCAUACAAGGGGAUGAAAGGCAACAUGGUUUUGCAAAUGAUCGAGAGUGGAAUGCGAAUGGACGCCCCGCCAGACUGUCCAGAAGAGAUGUAUGGCCUAAUGAAGACCUGCUGGAUUUAUGAGGUUGAGAAAAGACCCACCUUUGCUGUUAUCGAGCCAAGACUACGGCAAUAUUAUUAUGACAUUGCACAGUGAAUCUCCCCACAAAUGUCAUGAUAGGAAAACUAUCAAUCACACAUUGGACUGGAAGUCUGCUGCUUUCAGAUGCA